CAACUCCUCCCAUACCCCAGCAGGCUUCAUGUGGGUGCUGGCUCUGGGUGGGGCUUUCUUGGCCGUGGCCAAGGCUUGUAUCUUCUGUCGUCUCCAAGAUCAUGCCUUGGCAAACCGCCUGGCUCAGCUCAAUAACCAGACGAAGCCGAAGUGGAAAUGGAAGGAAUGGGCUUCCCCAGAUUUCUCAGCCUUUGCCUUAGAUGAGGUUUCAAUGAAGCAAGUCACAGAGAAAACUCACCGAGUCCUGAGAGUCAUAGAGAAAAAAGGAUCCGUCUCUUUGAUUCCAUUAUACUGGCAAUGGCUUCAGAAGACCAGGAUCCCCCAGUACACCAGGGAAGCUCUCUGUGCUCCCGUCUGCCGGGGCAGCACCAUCCUGUACAACUGCUCCACCUGCGAGGGCAAGGAGGAGUCUUGUUGGCCCCAAAAGCGCUGCUACCCAGACAGUCACGAUCUGUGGGACGCUAGGAUUCUGCUCCUAUGCAUCUUCGGAAUUGUCCUGCUUUCGGGUGUUGUGAGCCUCCAAGUGGAGUACCUGAAGCUGCAAGCAAAAGACUUGUGAAGAGGAGGACAGCUUUUCCAGCCCCAGCUCUAAGAAAUCUGUGUCCACAAUUUCCACAUCCCUUAGGGUGGGAACCAGACACUUUGUAGACCCAGCCCCAAAGCCUCAAUCUUUCAGACCCUAAACCUCAGACUUCUGCUAUCAAUAUUCCUGUCAGAUGGCCUCCAGGAACCCAAGCACCCACAGCUGGAAAGUCCCUCCCUUUCUGUGUUCCACCAAUCAAACAGAGCAGCAGAUGAUGCCAGGAAAUUAUCUACAGAAGGAAAGAAUCCCUUACCACCACCACUCCCACAUCCCCUCUGUCCAUUCCCGGAAAGCGGGGGACUGUUGGCCUGUAGAUGUUGCUCUAGGCCCUCCAAUGACUGAUCCGAAAUCCGGGAAUGAGGGUUCUGGAAAACUCUCUCCCUCUGGGGUGAGACCACAUCAGUCAACCCGCUGGCAUACAGUCCCUCCAUUGUAUUAAUAUUGUGCAGCCUGGACCUUCCCCUCCUUCUGGGCCUGUGUAAAUCUGCUGUGUGAUGCCUUCCAUCCCCGUCUGGCUCCAUCUGCAACUUGGGCAGGCAGAUGGGAUGGGAAUUCUUAGGAAUUCUAGUUAGAGGUGCCCCCCGCCCCCAAUAGAUAUUUAGCAAUGUCUGGA